GGGUAAUGUGAUCUAGGUGAGCCUGCUUGAGCCAGGGGGGUUGGACUAGAUGAUCUCCAGAGGUCCCUUCCAACCUUGGCCAUUCUGUGAUUCUGUGAGGCAACUUCCAUAGUCAACAUCUUGUAGGCGUUGACCACUUUGCAGGCAUAACACAUUCCUGAUCCUAGAAAUUUGUGGGAAUGGUGUGUUUGCUAACCUUAGUGCAUAUCUUAGCUUAAAUAGAAAGAGUAAAGUGACUUGUAGGGGAAAGUGCUUCAGCACUAAUGAGGAGACUCAUCAUAAAAGUUGGACUGUGCUGAAUGUACCUAAAAGAGGUUCGCAGCUAAAUAUCUGAUCAAGCAUGUGAUACCAUGCGUUUUAUAAUGCAAAGUUAAAUGAGAUGGUUCAUAUAAUUGUCAUAAUUACAGCAUGCUUGAGGUGAUUAAAAAGUGAAGUUGAUUUACUAAAGAGUGAGAGCAGCAAAAUCAAGGUGGGAGAUUAUAAAGAAGAGCGAAAAAGUAGACCUCGGCAGAGCCAAACAGUGGUACAGACUUCUAAUGGGAGGAUGGUCUUAAGGUAUCCCACUUUGCAGUACACAAACUAUUAGUGGUACAAAGUGGCAUGUGGUGCCGGAGCUGGCAGUGCCAGUGAUACCUGCUGUUACAGCUCAUACCAAUGAUGGGACCAAGCCAGAAAAAUUGGGGAACUCCUGGUCAAAGAGAGAGAAGAUAGAGAAGGGCUGUGGGAAGAGACCAGUCAGGAGCAGCUGCACCAAGGACAGGGUGAAAGUCCAGGAGGUGAGCAGCGUGGCUGCGUUCGGUCUGCCUUAACCAGGGUAGUUGCAAACUUUGGGGGAAUUGACGGCGUUCAAGUGUCUGCACCAAGUGCUAGUAAAAUUUUAAGAUGAAAAAAAAUAGAAGGAAAAAGAAAUCUUAUUAGCUCUACAAGUCUGUACUAGUAAGUGGUUCAAAAGCCAUUUGUUGUCCUCCUGGGUUGGCUUUGGAAGACGCUGCCUGGUGGGGCCAACCCGGACGUUGUGUGAAGAUGGAUGAGCCAAAGGAGGAUCGUCUUUUUGAGACACCCGUGUUGCAUGGCCUAGGCUGGUCCUGAUGAUUUACAUCCAGCACCGGCAGGAACCCUGAACCAAAAUGGGGAGCGGGUGGCUGCUGGGAGCACACGGGCCAUGUGUCCGCUCUUAAAGCACGUCCACUCAGGCUGUCUUUGGCCAAAUGCUCUGCAGAACGGAACACGUUGAGACGUUUGCUGGCGUGAUCGGGGAGGAAAGGUUGAAGAACUGGCUUUGUCCAAGAAAUGCUCUCGGAGAGAGGACGGCUCCUGCGCAGCCGCAGAGAUUGACCUUCAUUGCAGACUGGUAUUAAGAGCUGCGAAGAUGACUGUUUUUCUCCCUUGCUCUCAGAGAAGGAAAUUGCCUGGAUGUGCUGCACACUCCCUCCUGGAGGGUUUUGGAGCAUGGAUAACGCCCGUUCCGUGGGCCGUGCCGGUUCCUUGAGGUCUGCUCCAGCCCUUGGCCGCACCACCUGCCAGCUCUGCUAGCUCACAGCGCGGGGGUGGUGGUGGUGGCAUGUCCAGGCUGCUCAGAGGGAAACAGCCACUUUCGCUUUUGCUUCUGUUUCAGGCACUUUCACUUUCGCCUCCUUGGAGCCUGCCCAGAGCCUGCAACAGCCUCAUGCUCCCUCGGGGAUGCGCAAAGUGAAGAUGUCUGGAUUUUGUCUGUGUUUCUGUUUGCAUCUGAAGUCAGAAGAGUCAAGUUCCCUUUUGCAGACAGCGGUUUCAGUGCUGCAGAGCUCCUACUUGGACGGUACAUCUCGGGACGGUUUUCAAUACAGCCAAGCAAUUCUAGUGGAAAACGAUGUUUUUCUAAACGAGCUCAAAGCUUUUGCCCAGGCCAAGGAAGCUGCUGGGUACAGCCAGGAGGAGCUGGAGGAGACCUUUGCGUUUCUCCUGUUUGAUAACGAAGAAGAGGCAAAAGAGGUGUGCCAGACAGGCCUCCGCAUAAACACCAGUUCUAUUUCCACGCUUGGUGACCCAGCAAAAGGCGUUUACGUUUCCAGGUAUGCAGACUAUCUUCAUCCGAGACCCUGGUAUCAUGGGAAAUCAGGCUAUAUUGUCAUUUUUAAGCUAAUUAAGGGAAAGGUCAAGGCAGUAUGUGAGAAUUACACAACCAGCUAUACCUGCCCAUCUCCCGGCUACGACUGUCACGUGAGCAGAAACAACGUAUCCUCGAAGACCAGCCACUUCCAGGCCUUCGAGCUGAGCCAGUAUUAUGUGUAUGAAGUGUCUGAUGGCAGCAUUGCAGAGCGCCCCAGGCAGAUCUGCCCAUACAUAGUCAUCGCCUGUCAGUACAGGGAGCCGAAGGGGAUGCCCGUCUUAACGAGAGAGAGCCUACCUGAACUUAAUCACAAAGGGAGGGGGCAGCUCUCCAUCCGGGGCCAGCUCUUGUGCAAUAUCGCGCUGCGGACUCCGUACGGCUCCACAAUUCCAGCCCAGUUACCUCCCAACCUGGACAUUAACCACGUCAUGGGUUUAUCCGACUUGAAGAAAAAGCUACCAGAAGCUGCAUUUGGGAAAAGCAAUUAUGUCGAGAAUGAAGUGUGUUUUCAAGGCAUUUACUUCAGUCUGUAUGAGGUGGAAAUAUCAAAUAAGGAUCAAGAUAAAAUGAAUGAAUUGUUACAAAACCUAAAGGAAAAAGACUUGGCAAUCAUCAAAUAUUUACGCGAUCAAGGAGUUCUUAUCCUCCUCACGUCCGCUGCCUUGACACGAGACGAUGCGUUCGACCCCGAGGAGCCCGUCUGCCUCCUGGCCUUGUUUCUGUUCACCUCAUCCCGGUCGGUGUGUCUGAGAGUUGACAAGCAAGAUCCAAAAGCGGAAAAGGAAGACAGUGACAUCUCUCUGAAAAUAGCCUCAGUUUUGCCUGGACUUCAGUAUGCCUUACAGAAAGCCACCAAUUCUUCAUGCGAGGAUACCGUCAACACCAGCAUACAUAUCAAAAAGCACUUCCAAGAAUUUGCAAAGCUCGAUCAAAAUGCACAGCCCACCUUUGGCCAAAACAACCGAGUUCCCCUUUCUUCCCUCCUAUCGCCAGCCGAGGAUGAAUGUACUAAUCCCUUUAAAAAAUGCUCGGAGCAGUCUUUUUCCCAGCUGCAGCGUUAUCUCUCCAAUCCCAGCAGCUAUACCCUGGAAAUGUCAGCUGCCUUAGGAUGUUUGGCUGGUGCUGUUCAGUCCCUUUGCUGCAACUCGGAGGCUGUUUGUAAUGUGGACGUCUCUUUAGUUGUGCCACCGGACCCUAUUCCUCCCAGCACAGCAGCAGAGAUAAAGGUCAAAAGGGAAAACCCAGAGCCCGCUGCAGGACUGAAUCAGGGCAGCGAAGGGACCACGGCAGAGGUCAGUUCAGCUGGCAGGCCACGGGUGCAGCAGAGCAAGAGGAAAUCCAGCCAAGCCAUCGUGACCAGCACCAGGAAGAAAUGGUCCCCCCUCAAGAUGCAAAUGCAUCCUGUGGGGGACAGCAGCAGAAACAGGAAAGCAACCAAGAAGAAAAAAAUCAACAUCCCUUUCUCUUUUCCUAAAAAGCCGGGGCUCACAGCCAAUUCCAAUGAGCCCAUGCUCAAAUUAGCCAAUUUGCAGUUUCCGCACAGAAGGAAAAGAGGUGCAGAGGUCCUGUCUGCAGAAUUUGUGCACAAAACACAGUCUGAACCUGUCCAGAAGGGAACCUCAGCUCUUGACAAUCCUGGCACGGAAACAAAGAGACCAAAGAUGCUGAAGAAACCAGAUGUGAAGAAGGUUCCUAGUGCUCAGACAGCCACAAAGCCAGGGAAGAGUAAGAUGAUAAGAAGUGUGGCUAACAGCCUGUCGAAGCCUCAAGCCAAAAAGCAAGCAGAAAGCGAAGGGAAGGAGCCGUUCUCCAUCCUCCCGAGCAACGUCCCUUGCAAAAGCCAAGGAGCAGCAAGCGAAACGAGUGAGAUUUACCCCGGCGAUGUCGCUGCUGAGGAUAUCGAUCUGCAAGGAAACAACUACGAGUCCCACGCCUUGAACUUGCUGGCUGAUCUGGCCUUGGGUUCUUGUAUUCCUCCCCUCAUCCCCACGAACAGCGGCACGGCCGCCUUGUCCUGCAGCCCCUCGAAGGAACAGCGAAGCCAUCGCAAGCAUAAGGCCUCGCGCGUUGCUUUCGACCACGAAUAUCACCGGGUGGACAAGCUUGCCAAGGAGGGCGCCUCUCCUAGCAGAGCGUCCCCUAACCAUAAGCUUCCUCCUGCUGGAAAAACGGAUUUAAAAAAAGACUCGGCCCCUACUCCCAGGGAGAAAAGCCCGGGGAUUCCCAGCAAGAAGGAUAGCCUGAGCCCCAACUCUGCAAAAACCUGUGCGUUGUCUCCGAAAGAGGCUCAAGAGCCCGUCGAGGUGAACAAGCACUCCUUCAUCUCCUCCGAGCACUCGUACGCCUCACCGAUGCCCGAGCACCCAAGGAAACACACGCAUCCCAGAGGAGUCCCAUACCCCGGGCCGGCACCCUCCAGAAACGGAGCCAGGAGCGCCCACCCGGGGCCACUGGUGGGGAAAGUCCUACCUUUCCGCCACCAGCAGAACAGCACCCACCACCCGCAGCAGCCCUUCGAGGCCGUGGUGGCGAGGCACCGCAGCGGCGCGCUCUCCCCCCGGCAGAAGGAGGACUUUGCCAGGUCUCACACGGUGAACAGAUGCGGCGAGUCCAUGAAGGUGACUUGCCAGUGGGAAGCAGAGUAUCUCUUCAAUUUGGACAGCAGGUACACCAACGACGCCCUGGAGAAAACCGUCAUCCGCGCCUUGCAUGGGCCCUGGGACCCCGAUUUGCCUGAUGACGUGGAAGAAAUGAAGCUCAUACUUCAUAUGUGGGUGGCUCUGUUCUACAGCAAACCCAGCAAACUCCUGAGCAGCACAAGGAAGGUGGUGGAGCACAGCAACCCCAAGAAGUACGUCUCGAUAAACAGCACCAGGGACUUUUUUGAGUUGAGUGAUGACAGUGAGGAUGGUUUCGGGUUGGAGAUGUGUCCUGCAGACUUGCGGUCAGGCCCUGACCAGACCCCCAGCAGCUUUCCUGAGCCCAGCAUGCGUUACCAGGGAACUUUCCACCCAGAAAAGGGCCCUGAAGACUCUCAAGCGGACACAGAUAGGACUCAUGGCGUUGUCGAUAGUACAGCAUCUUCUUCUUCAGGGGAGCUGCCCUCCGGGGAGGAGCUGUCCUCCACGAGCUGUCCCGAAAGCCCUUCCCUCACUGAAUGUGCUGAUCAGAGCAACAUGGCCAUGGAAGACGGGCAGCCGGCAAUCACUCUCGGGGAGCGCGUGCACGCCGCCUCGAGCAUCGCUCCGGAGGAGCCGCCGAGAGAGGGACUGCUGGACGCUACAAUCACCCCCGGCCUCGCAGACGAGCUCGGCGACACCAGCAGGCCCUCGGCUGCACCGGUCAGGGAAAACCCACACAAUCGAGUCCUUAAUGUCAGUAGAGAUCCCCGGAGCAGUACCCUGUGCGCACCGCACGGACGUGGAGAGCAGCUGGAGAGCGGGUGCCCUGGCCCUCCCAGGAAAAGGGGCAGCGCGGGAGACGUCAGGUGCUGCGCGGAUGUUAGAGAAGGCAGCUGGGCUGCCAGCGACGGACCGCAACAUGCCUGCGGUUCGUUGCCUUUAGAAGUGAGUCCCAAAAGUGCAAAGCUGGACCGACCUGGCGGUGAGGGGAGGGAAUCACAAAACCCCUUAGGACAUCCGGAAAGAGAGAAGGAAGAGAUGGAGGAGAAAAAAAUAGAGGAGGAGGACUCUGAAUAUGAAAGCAAGGUCCAGGCGCGUAUUGAUUUAUCAUUUUCUGAAGGCAGCAAUGCAGACCUGGAGCACGAAGACAGGAAGCUGACCCCAGUGAAUUCAGCACGUCCAGAGGAUCCUGCCGUUCCUGGAGAGGGCCCCAUGCUCAGCCCCACUGCCUUAGCAUCCCCCUGCCAGUGCGGAUUAAUGCCAGUGCCGUCAGCUGCAACCCUUCCUGGCAAAACAGCCCCGAGCCCAUGUGCGCUGCAAGAACCCCAGGAGGCUCUGGACACUCCAGGUGUGGAGACAAGCGGUGUCGAUUUGGUGCACAAAGCCAGUCCAUCCGACGUGGGGUCAUCCUGUGACAGUGGGUUAAUGCUGAGGUUAUCGCCUGGUCCAAACCUUAUCCGUGGGGCACCGGCCGUCGGCGUCCCAGCGGCUGCAGUUAUGGGCAGCGUUGGACUCGCCGGAGAGAUGCGCGGGGCCGGUUUGGAGCAGAGCGACGAGGAUUGCGCGCCCUCUGCAGAAACGCGGGUGCCUGCUGAGAGCGCAGCUGCCGGCACAGCCGGCCUUGAGUCUCCGUGCGGCCAGGGACCCAUCCUAGCGUUGUCCGCUGCCUCCGGCCCCGUCCACCUCGCGCCUCUCGAUAGAGCAACAGAUCUGAGGGCUCCUCUGGAGAACCAGGCGGCCACGGCAGACGUCCCGUCUCCACCACGAAGCAGCCCAGGAAGGGGCGACUGCCUUUCCCAAAGGUGCAGAGGGGACCUUUGUGCUGAUCUCGCUUCGCUUCGCGCCGAUGGCUCAAACCAAGAAGGGAACGAGCUGCCGGUGGACGAAGAGCGUAGUGGCUCUUCUGUCAGCCGGACAGAGAUGCUGGGCGAAUCCACAGCAGCAGGCCAGGGCCAGGGCUUCGCCUUCGACUGCAAAGCCCCGGCCGUCCCCCCGGCAGCAGCCGGCUCCCUCCAGCCUGGCUGUGCAGGACAGGCGGAAAAAGGCACGGGACCGUGUGCCGGGGAGCUGCUGGGGAGCUCUACUGCGAAGGCACCUGGGCCUGGCGACCCGGGAUCAGCGCCUCCUCCUCUCCCUCAGCACGGCCUCAAGGCAGGUCCGUGCAGCCCAGAGCUGAACCCGGUCCCCAGAGCGCGAACGGAGACACGAUGCCCCACCGUGGAUCCGGCCUCCGCUCCGGAUGGUGCCCCAAGGUCUUGCUACGUGGCCCAGGUGCAACCCAGCGCCUGUGCAGGGUGCGAGAGCCCUGGGGUCUGCGCGGACGCGGUAGGGAGCUGCGAGGAGGGACCUGUCCUGCGUAAGGAGGUGGACGGAGGAAGCUGCGUCUCUCUUGCCAGCCCGGCAUCUUUUUCAGCGGGGGAAACAUUUGUGCCGCUGAGGGAGCCCAGCGCCGCGCGGCACCGGAGCAAGUUCGGGGCGGAGGAUGCCAGCGCAUUUGCUGAUGUGCAUCGUGCUGUCUCGGAGGGGGGAGAGGGAGAAAUCCCCGUUCCCCCCUUUCCGGCGUCGCUGCUGUGUGUGCGCCGGGAGUCUGGGCAGAGCCUGGAGCACAGCGACACCAGGGAUAUUUCGGAUGCGCUCCUGAGGGCGAACCAUUUCCCCAGCAGAGAGAGACGUGCGGGCUUGAGCUACAAAAACCUGUCGUACGAGUCUUCCUCCGGCGACUCGGACCAGGAACACUUCAGAGGGACCGUGAGCCCCCUGCUUAAAUCCAGGGAUUCCUCCAGCACGAAAUCCACAGGUGCCACGGACACCGGGACCGACUGCGACUCCUCCUCCGUGAGCUUGGAGCAGAUGGACGGGUGCAGCGAGGGCUGGAGUUCCCCGGGAGCGGAGGAGGGCUGGUGGCGGGCUGAGCCCGGCGUGCCGCAGCACGGCUGGCCCCUCGGGCUGGGGGAAGGCGACAGCAGGCACGUGCCACCUUACGUCAAUAUUACGGACGACCGGGGGAUCCUCAGGGAUUACCUGAACUUCACCGUCACCAGAAAAUGCGGGGACGGGGCGGGAAUUUUGCAGGCUGCCGAGAGAUGCAGCUGUUACGCGGGGCAGUCGCAUUUGCUGCGGUCACUGGUGGAGACGUGGAGGGGUUUCGAGGAGGUCACCCAGGACACUUUGGACAUGGAGUGCCUCCGUUUCCAUUAUAAGCUAAAAGAGAUCCUGAGGAGCAGGAAACCACCUUUUUCUACCUCCGAGAGCAUCUUUCCAAAAGACUUUCCUCCCCAGGUAACGGCUGAGCCGUGUCCUGGCAGAGAGGCGCCCGCCCCGCUCUCCCCGCGCAGCAGGAGCCCUUUGCAGGUGACGCUGCUGCCUUCGGACAUGAGGCCGGACCUUUUCUUCGCGAGGGUGAAGACCUUGCUGAAGAAAGACGGCCACACGGAGAUCGAACCUCUCAGCUUCUGCAAAGCCAAGCACCUGGACACCGACCGGCUCCUUGUCGUGAUCAGGAACGAGGACAUAUCUUCGCACAUCCACAAGGUCCCGUGUUUGCUGAGGCUAAAGCACUGCCCGAACGUGGUGUUCGCCGGGGUGGACAGCCCCGAAGACUUAACGGGUCACACGUACCAGGAGCUGUUUCAUACCGGCGGCUUCGUGGUCUCGGACGACGAGGUGUUGGAAACGGUAACGCUGGGGCAACUGAAAGAGGUGGUGAAAGUGCUGGAGAAGCUGAACGGCAGCGGCAAGUGGAAGUGGCUCCUUCACUACAAGGAGAGCAAAAAGCUCAGAGAAGACCUAAGGGUGGACGCCAACGCCCAUAAGAAGAACUUGAUCCUGAAGUCGUGCCAAGGAGCCGAUCUCAUCGAGGUGCUGCACUACCACUCGUGCGACUCCAGGUCGUCCCCGAAAUCCGAGUACGUGAAGUGCUUGCUGAACCUGCAGGUGCAGCACAUCAGCGCCAGGUUCGCCAUCUAUCUCACAGAAAAGCCCAGUGUCAGCAGGGAGGUCUUUGAAAGCCAAGGCAUCCUCGUGGCCGACGUCAACACCUUCCUCGGGACCGUGCAGAAAGUGGCUGCCCCGUUCAGAAGAAGUUACUGGUAAGGGAAGAGCUGGCAAUCGACCCCUUGGCCCCAGAAAGCCAACAGCACCCGGGCUGCAAAUUGCCGAGGUCCAGAAAUGACGCUGGACCAACGAGGCUGCAAACAGGCAGCGGGGCAGGG